CGCCGCCCCUCUCCGCGCCGCCCGUGAGUCAGGGCUUUGCCGGGCGCGGGCGGCAGCCGCGGCCGCUCCGGGCUCGUAGCCUCCGCCGCGGGGCUCCAUGGAGAAGGCGGCGGCGGCGGCGAGCGAGGGAGGAGGAGGCGGCGGCAGCAACAGCAGCAGCCGCAGCAGCAGCCGCCCCACGUCGGCGGGCUCCUCGCCCUCUUCCUCCUCCGCCAGCCGCGGGCUGCCCGGCCGGGCGGCGGCCGCGGGGAGGCUGGAUGGAGCCGGGGGGGCCGGCGGCAGCGGCAGCGGCAGCCCCGGUUCGGCGGCGGCCAGCCCGGGGGGCGCGCAGGCGCCCGGCGGCGGAGGCAGGCGGCGGGAGCCGGUGCUGGAAGGGACGCUGAGCAAAUACACCAACCUCCUGCAGGGCUGGCAGAGCAGGUACUUUGUGCUGGACUUUGAGACGGGGAUUCUGCAGUAUUUUGUGAAUGAACAAAGUAAAAACCAGAAGCCUCGGGGAACCUUGUCUUUAGCUGGAGCUAUAAUAUCACCCAGUGACGAAGUGCCGCACAUGCUGGUGGUCUACUCAGCUAAUGGAGAGAUAUUUAAGUUGAGAGCUGCUGAUGCAAAGGAGAAACAAUACUGGAUCACUCAGCUUCGAUCCUGUGCCAAGCAUCACAAGGAAGGUAAUUCUAAGAGCGUUUCAUCCUCACGAAGUAGAAGCUCAUCUCUGCUGCCACCUGGGACAGCUAAUUCUGCAUCUCCUAGUGGCCAGAAAUAUAUGAAUCAAAGUGGGCCAACUGUUGUUACCAUUACUCAUCACAAAUCACCUGCAGCUGCCCGAAGAGCUAAGAGCCAGCGUUCCGGUCAACUCCAUGAAGUCAGAGAGAUGAUGAGUCAAGUUGAGGGACAACAGAAGAAUCUUGUACAAGCCAUUGAAGCUCUCCCAAGUUCUGGACCCAUUUCUGCCUUGGAUCAGGACUUGCUGCUUUUAAAAGCUACCUCUGCUGCCACCCUGAGCUGCCUUGGAGAAUGCCUGACUCUAUUACAGCAAAGCAUGCAUCAAGUGGGCCAGCACCAUAACAGGACACUGUCAUCAGAAGGUAUUCUGGGAUGGCCUGGGCCCAAGUCACAUUCCACAGAGCAACUGAAAAAUGGUGCCCUCAGCUCCUUAUCAUCUGCUAGUGCCAACAUUACGUGGGCCAUAGUACCAUCUGCAACCCAAGAUGGACAGACGUUACAGCCAAAUACUGAGCAUUCAGCUUCUGAGUUGAUCCUAGUUGAAGAUGAAAUGACAGAUACUGAAGAUAAUGAAGAGGAGGAUUUAGGAGUCAUGGAUGAUCAGCGUAGUGUAAUUCUCCAUCUCAUCUCUCAGCUUAAACUUGGCAUGGACCUUACCAGGGUAGUGCUUCCAACAUUUAUUUUGGAGAAAAGAUCCCUGCUGGAGAUGUAUGCAAAUUUCAUGGCCCAUCCAGACCUGUUUUUGUCAAUUGCAGCUGGAGCCACUCCCGAGGAAAGAAUUAUCUGCUUUGUGGAGUAUUAUCUAACAGCUUUUCACGAAGGCCGAAAGGGAGCGGUUGCCAAGAAGCCCUAUAACCCUAUAAUUGGUGAAACGUUUCAUUGCUCAUGGGAUGUGCCUAAAGAUAAAGUGAAACCAUUCAGAACUAACGGUGCCUCUGCGGUUUCUAAGGACCCAGCCAAGGAGUUUGGCCAGGACCAGUCCACGUGCUACAAGCUGAGGUUUGUGGCUGAACAAGUGUCCCAUCAUCCACCGGUAUCUUGCUUUUACUGUGAGUGCAAGGAGAAGAAAAUGUGUGUGAACGCUCACGUAUGGACCAAAAGCAAGUUUAUGGGCAUGUCGAUAGGUGUUUCUAUGGUAGGUGAAGGUGUUCUUCACUUGCUGGAGCAUGAAGAAGAGUAUGUUUUCACACUCCCCAGUGCCUAUGCUCGCUCGAUACUCACCAUCCCGUGGGUGGAGCUUGGAGGGAAAGUCAACAUCAACUGUGCCAGGACUGGCUAUUCCGCUACGGUCACCUUCCACACCAAACCCUUCUAUGGGGGGAAAGUCCACAGGGUUACAGCCGAAGUGAAACAUAAUCCCACUAAUACCAUUGUGUGCAAGGCACAGGGAGAAUGGAACGGUACGCUGGAAUUUACGUACAGCAAUGGAGAAACCAAAGUGAUUGACACCAGCAAAUUACCCGUUACCAGGAAAAAGAUUAGGCCAAUAGCAAAACAAGGCCCACUGGAAUCAAGGCACCUUUGGCAAUACGUCACCAAUUCUCUGAAAGAAGGUAAUAUUGAUGCAGCAACAGAACACAAGCACCACCUUGAAGAGAGACAGCGAGCAGAGGAGAGGCAACGUAUGGCUCUUACAGUGCCCUGGAAACCAAAAUAUUUUGCCAAAGAGGGCGAUGGUUGGCUAUACUUGAAUCCUCUCUGGAAGACCCUUUGACAAGAAACAGGAGAUGUCUUAUAACUUUACCUUAAAGGCAUUAAAAGGAAACAGUAUAUAACUUGUCAGAUGUCAUUCAAAAGAUUCUGUUCUCAGAAGACACAAAUGAGAAGCUAUAUACUGUGAACAACGCAUCUCAAAAUAACCACAAGCUCAAGUUUAUUCAGGAGCCAUUUUGUGUGUACGGAUACACAAACAGAUGUGCACAUGUACGUAUAUACACAUAUACACACACAGUAUGCAUGUGUGUUUGUGUGUGUAUUACUUACACUACACGUCAACAAAGUAGAAACACUAACAGUGAUUUGAAGACCUUAUUCUCUAAAUGUUCGGGCAUAGGACUCGAGCUGGAAUCAGCUAGGGUUCCCCGAGUUGUGUGCUUGCAGGAUCAGGCCCUACGCUAGUAUUUAAAAAAACACACACUUUUUUAUUAGUACUGGUUAAGGUUUUCUAUUUUUCACUUUUGCCAAAAACGUUUUGCACUUAAAAUGUGACGUCACUUAAUGGCAGUCAUUCAGUCUAAACAGUCAUUGAAUAAUUCACCUCGACUUGAGAAUGACACAUUGACAGCGCGCUCUUUGGGAUGCUGAUUUAAGAGCAUGUUUCCUGUCACUUACGAGUAUGAAUUUUCUGCCGUCAAGUAGCAAUACCUUCUCGAGACAUUGUUCGCACUAACCCGCUGUGUCCUCACUUUUUUGUUUGGUCCUACUUCCAAACGUUUCAUCGGUCUCCAGUCACUUGUGAGCCAGCUGCUUUUGGUCUUGCUGCGUGAUGUUCUUUGGCUAUUGCCAUGCCAAUGCUUUUGGGUUACACGUUUUGCUAAGUCCCUUCUGGCAGAUGUAGCUGUGGUAUUCAAACUUACUUUGCCUCAGCUUUCCACGCUGACGUUGUCUGUGUCUGAGGCACUCCUGUUCACAGCCUUGCCUUUAAAAUUAAACCACUGCUGAUGCAUUUUUGCUCACGUGUGCCAGGCUGUGAACUGAGGCAGGUGAGGUGGGGUAGGAGUCUUGCUCUGAUGUGCUGCUGUGAUGGGUCUGCACCUCCAGCGGCUGAGAUGCUGCUGCUGUGCAUUGCUGCUGUGAAAUGAGAGAGCCCUUAAUUCCUCCUCGUCCAGGCAUCGAGCAGACCUGUCUUCAUUUCUUUUUGCUUUUGGCCCAGGUGAUUGCUUUUGGAUGGUUCCUUAUGAGUAGCCUUUUCAGAUAAAUGAUUUUCUGAUGUUAAAGUAACGAUUUAGUAAAUUACUACUGAAAUAAGAACUUUAUUAAUGAAACAAAUGAAAUGGGAUGUAACUUGUUUCAUAAAAUAAAGCAGUAAACAAUCCUGUAGCUUGAUCUUGCUUUGUAAGAUAACCACUGUGACACUAAGAAAGUGGAUUAUAAACGUGUGCUAAACCUUCGUUGCUUUUUAGUAUUUGUUAAAAGUGAAGGUGUUUUUGAGAGAAGUGACAGCAAAAGGCAAGUGUAAAAUGUGCUGACUUCUGCUCAGUGCUUCUUUUACAGCGGCCUGUAAAGAAACCACUCUAUUUCUAACCUACAGUAGCAUGGAUGCUUACUUUUCUGUAGUACUGAUUAAUUUUGUGCCUUUUGUCUGCUUUCUUAAUAUAACAGUUGCUUUAUAGAUACUACACUAAUAUAUUUAAGUCAAAGUACUGCAUUUAUCUGUUCUCCUGUCUUGCGUUUUCUAAUACUUUAUUUUUUUGCUAGAUAUUAAAAUCUCUUAAGCAACCCAAAAGGCUAAACAGAGGUGUGUACACAAGGCUACACGGCAGUAGUUGUUCAUUUGGACUUCACUUGGACAUACUUAACAGAUCUUUGCAUUUAGAUCUUCAGAUCCCUGUUUAAUGAGGUCUGUGCCCCCUAAAUGCUAUUUUGUCUGCUUGUAUAUACCUUUUUUUGCACAUUAGAAAGAUUCGUGUUAUAAAUUAUUUAAAUCCUAUUUUUUAAAAAAAUGCGGACUGUAUGAGCUUGGUUUUGUAACUGAUGCUUUUUUAAAAACGAAAAAAUCUUAUUUUUAGGUAGUUGAUGUUUUUGUGUAACAACACCAAAACGAUGCUGUUGUAGUUAUCAUGAACUACUACCAAGUAUCAUCAGGAAAAGGCGUACCUUAUCACCGGCAAGCAUUACUUUACAAUGGAUCCACUGGUUUAGAGGUUAGUCUGAUAAGUAACUAGAAGUAUUGGUAGACUUUGUAAUGUCAUCACCAAGAACACUAAGUAAGUGCAGAAUUAAACACAUGCAACAUUUCCUGCCAGAACUCUGACUUCAUACACCAAAGAACAAGCCACACACCCACUAACAGCCAUUGAAAACCUCUUGUGAGGCAUGCAGGACUGCGCUCCUGAAAGAGCAGACCUCUUUCAGCUUUGGCGGUGUGACUGUCGAAGCUACAAAGAUGUUGUAGCGUUCUUUUAAGACAAAUUUUGAAUAAUUUUAUGUUUGUAAUUUAUUGAAGAUUUUUCCUGGCUGCAUGGUUGGUUGUUCCUGCAUGCCGAGAACAUUCCACUUGUGCUCUGAUAAAUGUCUUGUUUUGAUGCUGUGAAGAAUCCUCUGAUGCCAUUACCACUGUUUCUUUUCCCAAGUAACUUGGGAGAGGUGAGCAUAAAAAUAGCCCUUUCGUUAAAGAUCCUAUCAGCAAGAGAUUCCAGAACAAGAGCCAGAAGAAGUGUCAUUUUUUCUGAUAGUUACGUGUUCGGUAUAUUUUACAAGUCUGAAAAGUAAAUAUUCCUAAGACUUACUCUGUAGGUUGUUCCAAUAGUUGUCUUGGACUUGCAAGUGAUUCUUUUCCUUUUCAAGUAGCCAAUGUAUACAGUUGGAACUGUAAUGUAAGACCAUUUUUUUUGUGUGCACACCUGUAGAAAGCCUAUGCAACCUUUUUUUUUCUUAAGUUAGAAAUGUUCAGAGAGAAAAUUUAUACCUUUUAUCAUUUAAAAGAUGCUCUGGCAGUCUCUUCUGAUUUGCCUUCCUUUCAUAAUUUGUGAAUUUAAGAUUACAAUGCUCAUCAAUAAAAUAUUUGUUUCAUUUAA